AUGAAAUUACAAAUCUCCGAAGUACAAGGUGACAGUAAGUUGUGGCCAUUCAAAGUCAUUUCUGGACCUGGCGAUAAACCGAUGAUUGUAGUCAUCUACAAGGGUGAAGAGAAGCAAUUUGCGGAUGAGGAAAUCUCUUCCAUGGUUUUAAUUAAGAUGAAGAAAUUGCUGAGGCAGUCCUUGGUUCAACCUUUAAGAAUGCUGUGGUCACUGUCCCGGCGUCAAGCAACCAAGGAUGCAGGUGUAAUUUCUGGUCUGAAUGCGAUGAGUGUCAUCAAUGAACCGACAGCUGCUGACAUUGCCUGUGGUCUUGACAAGAAGGCAACCAGUGUUGGUGAGAAGAAUGUGCUGAUAUUUGAUCUUGGAGAUGGUACUUUUGAUGCAUCUCUUCUAACCAUCGAGGAGGGUAUCUUUGGGGUGAAGGGCUGA